AUGUCGAGUUUUAGUGAAGCUCUUAGGGUCCACGGCCUCCAAUCGGUUAUCCGAAAAGUUAUGGCCAGCGAACAAGUAUCGGCAGACAAAGAGCUGCAAGAUUACCACAAUCAUUUUGCUGCUGACGUAGUUCCGAAAGGAGAGUGAAAAGAGUAUUUUUGCGGUUUAGUUGCAAGAAGUGGAGAAACUCUCUCGCCUCCUGAACGCCAUGAAACGCGGCGAAGUGACUGAAGAGUUGCUCGAAGCUUGUCCGGAUCUUGCAGAGGCGAGCAAGAAAAACGAGAAGCUUAAAUAUCGUAAGAAGAUCUUGCAAGGAGUGGGUAUAUUUUUUUUCCAUUUGCUGUUCACAAUAGUGAAAAUUGGAAGAAAACCUGAGCACGGUUUACUCAAAUAAUUUUUUCAGAGUCUGGAGAAGCAAUCUGCCGCGAACAGUUCCCGAGGGAUAAAUGUUCCAAUGACGAAAUCGGCUAUCAAACGGGACAACGAAAAGGCUGUUGGCGCUCCAGAUGAUAAGAAACCGAAAAAAGAUGCUAAGUCGAAAGAAAAGACGUUAGUUCCGUCUCUUUAAAGCGGGAAGUGUAACUUCAUGCUUUUUUUAGCGUUCUCGAAAAAGAGAAUUCAUCAUAUUGCGCUGCGCAAAUAUAUUUUUUGUAUGAAAAUUCAUUGAUAAGAAAGAAAAUAAAUAAUCGCCUUAUUUGUAUAAGAGUUUUCGAUUCCAGCGAAGAAAAAGAAAAACAAAGUUUGGUCUGGUUGUUUUGUAUGUCGGUUCAAUGAAAUUUUAUCCAAAAAAGUCUUAUAAAGCCUUGCAAAGAAAGAAAUUAAAAUUUGAAGCGGCGGAGCAGCGCCAAAACAAGCCAGAAAGUACGACUACGUGGUGGUGGAGGACUACGGGAGCAGCAUUCUCGGCCGUUUGUCGGACCUUUUCCGCAAAGCAAUCAAGGAGGCGUUCCCUUCGCUCGACGUCGCUCUUCUGAUGGCUGAAACGAGCAACCCGACGUUCGGCGACUACCAGUGCAACUCCGCAAUGCCUAUCGCUGCAGUAGAAACCGCCUGCAUUUUCCCAAUAUUUCCUAUUUUUAGAAGCUCAAAGCGACUGGGGUCAGUAAACGACCAGGUGACGUCGCGAAAGAAAUCUUUGCCAAGAUUCCAAGCAACACCGAGUUUUUGGAAAAGGUUCAUUCUAGAUUCGCAUCCGUUUCUGAACUUGCUCUCUCAGGUUGAAGUGAUGCCUGCUGGCUUCAUCAACAUCUUUUUGAAGAAGGACUACAUCAAAAAGCAAAUUUGGAGUAUCGCUAAAAAGGUGCUUGGUAACUUCACGAAUUUUUGGAGUUCAUGACCAAGAAAUAUUUUGAUUUCCAGGGCCUCGAGCUCCCAAAGAUUUCUAAAAGACGCGUUCUGGUUGACUUUUCCUCGCCGAACAUUGCCAAGGAAAUGCACGUCGGACAUUUACGCUCGACGAUUAUCGGAGACAGCAUUUGUCGACUUUUGGAGGCUGUCGGCUUCGAUGUGCGUUUCUUCAGUCGCUUUGUCCUUUGCAGUGUUCUCUUGAAGGUUCUCCGAGUGAAUCACAUCGGCGACUGGGGCACGCAGUUUGGAAUGCUGAUCGCCCAUUUGUACGAUCGCUACCCAGACUUCGAGACAAAGCUUCCAGAAAUUUCUGACCUUCAAGCAUUUUAUAAGGUUAAUCUUUUGGCGCUCUCAAUUUCUGGAGGAAUUCAAGUCGUGAGGCUGAUAUAUGUUUUAAAAAACCUAGACAUUUUGCGUUUUCUAGUAUAUCAAUGGUUCAGGAAUCCAAAAAGCGAUUUGAUGAAGAUGAAGUUUUCAAAAAGAGAGCUUACGAGUGCGUGGUUAAGCUGCAAAGUUAUGAGCCAAAUUUCGUGAAAGCAUGGGAAACGAUUUGCGACGUCUCCAAGAAAUGUGAUGCGCACCUUUUUACAUACAUCCUUCUAUUUUUAUUAUUCCUGUCAUUAGUUUGUUUUUUUUCAUUCAGACAACCAAUAUGUUUACGACCGGUUAGACAUCAAAAUCGAGGAUUUCGGAGAAUCUUUCUACCAAGACAAAAUGUUGAACCUCGUUGAUUCCAUCAAGAAAACUCGUACGUUCAAUUCUGGAAGCGAAAUAGACAUUUAGGACCCUCAGAUCCUGGCGUUUUGCGAGAAGACGAAGGUCGGCAGAUCAUGUUCCCGACAGGCUGCGAGGUGCCUCUCACUGUCGUCAAAAGCGACGGAGGUUCUUCGGUCCCACUUUUUUUUCUCUAUUUUUUGAUUUUCAGGUUUCACAUACGAUACUUCGGACUUGGCUGCCCUCAAUUAUCGCAUCAAUCAGCUAAAAGUCGACUGGGCAAUAUACGUCGUGGAUGCUGGCCAAAGCCUUCAUCUAGAAGUAUCAUUUUAUAUUGAAGCUACAGAGACAAAGGACAGAAUUGCUGCGGUCAAAGGCCGCCUUUCUGAUUUGGAAACCUGUUUCUCAUCUUCUAACGCAACACCGUCGAUUUAGUAUAUAAAUGUCUGAAUUUUUAAUUGUAAAGUCCAAUCUUUUUCUAAAGUCUUUCUUAUUAGCUUUACAUUCGACUUCAAAAAAAUAAAACUGCUCGCAGAAACUUGAAAAUGGGCUACUUUAUUAUUAUUAUUCUUUUUUUAUGAAUAGCAAAGCUGAUUCUAUUUUUAAUUUGCAAGGCGACUUGAAGAGUGUUAAGUUCCAUUUUUUCUUUUCCUAAAACUAGAGGUUGUAGCAAGAAAAAAAUACUAAAUAGAAACUUUGAGUUAAUUUUUUUAUCGGCGAAUAAGUUUGAACUUUAUAUCUUCAAAAAAAUAAUUUUUCUAGACAGUCUAUGCAGCUGGUCGUGAUUUCGGGUGGUAUGACGAAUCGGUCAAGCGAGUAGAACAUGUAGCGUUUGGCCUGGUUCUUGGAGAAGAUAGGUUUUUUUGAACCUUUUUUGUUUCUUUUUUUAAAACAGCGCUAUCAGGAAAAAGUUCAAGACUCGAUCCGGGGAAACAGUCAGAUUAUUGGACCUUCUGGACGAAGGUGUCAAGCGAGCCGAAAAGAGUCUCCAAGAGAAGGGUCGACACGAGGUUCGUCAUUAAUCACAAGUUGAGGGAUAAAUGUAGUCUUCAAAAUCAGUUUUUCCUCGCCGAAAAUAUCGACACUAAUAACUCUCAAGAAUGAAGUCAAUCUGAAUUUUUCAGCUCUGAUGGCCAAUUCAUUGAAAAAUUAUUGUUCACAAAAAUGUACGCGGCUAUUUUGAAAUUAAAUUUUUUUUUCGAAUUGCAGUCUCAUUUUAUGACAAUAUGGUGACUUUGUAACCACAGAGACUUGUCGAAAAAAAUUGAUUUUCUUAUAGGUUUGAUUCUUCAGGUUAUGAACAAGGAAGAGCUGGAGGCGGCUCGCGACGCUGUCGCGUACGGCUGCAUCAAGUACGCGGAUCUUUCGCACACCCGUACGCAAGAUUACGUUUUCUCCUUCGAUCGAAUGCUCGACGAUCGCGGCAACACGGCCGUCUACCUGCUCUACGCCUACGCCCGUAUCAGGUGAUUCAUUUACUAGACGAGGGAAUCCCGUGUCAUGAGCUCAAUUUAAUGAUUGAAACGAUCUCUGGAAAGUAUAAGUUUUAUUUUUUACACAAUUUUUCGCAGUUUUUUUGGGGAAAUUUGAUUUUUUUUUUGUCGUUCAACAUAGUCCGACUUUUAAGAGAAGAAUAAAUUUCCUUAAAAGUCCUAGUUUUUUGGUCUUAAGUUUUUAAAGCUGCUUGAAUUCAGCAGACCUGUUACGCUAUUACUAUGAGUGUUCUGGUACCACAGAAAAUUUCCUGUUUUGUAAGCUCUCUGCCUGUUUUGGAAGAAAAAAUUGCUUAUAAGCUAGACGUUUUCGAGUCGUAGCAAACGAGGUUAAAGUUUUCAUGAAAAAAAUUCAAUUCUCAAUUUUUUCUCCAUGUUUUGAAGUUUCAUUUCAAAUUAUACGGAUCCUAAUUAGAAACAGCUGCAAAGUUAGACAGGUCAGCUAGGAGUUCAGGUCGAUCGUUAGAACUUCGGGAGUUUCGGAGGCUGAACUGUCGGACUACCUGAACAAAACAUCGGUUCUACCACUCGACCAUCCAGCAGAGAUGAACUUGGCAAAGCAGAUUCUAAAGCUCUCUGACUGCGUCUUGCAAGUUCUCGACUCGUUAAUGCUUCAUCCAGUUAGUUCUUCUCAGUUUGCCAGUAAAAAAGUAAGCCGAUUGUUGUAGUUGUGUGAUUUCGUCUAUCAACUGGCCACGCAGUUUCACGAUUUUUACAAUGAAUGCUAUGUUAUCGACAAGAGAGGAGGUUUGACUAUUUUAUUUUUCUACAUCGAGAGGUUCGGGUUUGAAGAUAAGACGGAGAUUCAUUUCCACCGUCUGGCUUUAUGCGACGUGACAGCGAAUACAAUGGCGACCUGUUUCAAAAUCCUCGGCAUUCGAGAAGUUUCAAAAAUGUGA